UAUUUGCACAUUCUUUAAUAUGAAGAAGCCUAAGAUUUUCGCCAUCGUCUUCCUAAUAACAGCCUUUGCAARCUGUCAAUCCAAGCAACUGAAGCAACCACACAUUCUUCUUGUUGUGGUUGAUGACCUUGGUUGGAGUGAUGUCGGAUACCAAAACAUUUCCCCAAUCAAAACUCCAAACAUCGAUAAACUAGCAUCGGAGGGAGUGAUACUGGAUAAUUACUAUGUCCAGCAUAUAUGUACACCUACUAGGAGCGCUUUGAUGACCGGCAAAUACCCUAUACAUACUGGCAUGCAACAUGGCGUCAUCAAACCACCAGAUCCUUACGGUCUGCCCCUAGACCUAUCUCUACUUCCACAAAACCUGAAGAAAGCUGGAUACGCUACCCAUAUGGUUGGUAAAUGGCAUCUUGGGUUUUAUGAAUGGGAAUAUACACCCACCUACCGGGGAUUUGACACAUUCUACGGGUAUUAUAAUGCACAAGAAGACUAUUAUACCCAUGAGAUAGAGGGUUUCUUGGACCUACGAGAUCAAAAAUCGAUAGUUAAAGAUAUGAAGAAUGUUUACUCCGCCGAUAUAUUUACAAAGAGGGCAGAACAAAUCAUCAGCGAUCAUAACGCGUCUGUUCCUCUCUUCCUCUACCUACCAUUUCAAAAUGUCCACGCCCCUAACGAGGCACCGGAAUCAUUUGUCAAACAAUAUGAAUUUAUUGAAGACAAAACCAGRCGUAUUUAUGCUGGUAUGGUUACCGCUGUGGAUGCAGCCAUUGGUAAAGUAACAGAUGCAAUGAAAAAGAAAGGGAUUUGGGAUGACACGUUGAUGGUCUUCACGACAGAUAAUGGAGGCUUGCCCAUAUAUGGAGGAUAUAACUGGCCUUUACGCGGAAUAAAGACGACACUCUGGGAGGGAGGAGUUCGUGGUGUAGGUUUUGUCCAUGGAUCAAUGAUUGAAAAGAAGGCUCGUAAAUGUAAUGAGCUCUUGCACGUGACUGAUUGGUUUCCCACACUUUCUGCRAUUGCAGGGUUCGAAGAGUUCGACCAAAACAUCGAUGGUUUCAAUAUCUGGGAUACGAUAUCAAAAGGCGCUGCUUCCCCAAGAACAGAGAUCCUGCACAAUAUCGACAUCAAUGAUCCUCUUCCAGUACCGUCUUGUCAGGGAAUUGCUCUACGAUCAGGACACAUGAAGUUGAUUAUGCAAGUACAGAACUUUACCUGGUUCAAGCCCCCUGAGCUUGGGAAAAGCUACAGAGUAGAUAGUUAUGAUGACUCCCUUCAGGCAUCUACCAUCAAAGAAGCAUUGUUUAACAUCACCGCUGACCCAGAAGAACGAAAUGACUUGAGCGCCAAACUCCCGGAUGUUGUAGCUAGGAUGAAGGCCCGUGUUGAUUUUUACGCGAAAGGUGUAGUCCCCAAGAGGAAUCAGCCUACGGAUCCAGAAGCAAUAGCCACUGCUGAACGGAACGGCGCAUGGACACCAUGGCGUGAUUCAACAGKCUACUGAUGUUAUAGYCUCACUAAUCAUUAAAGUGGUUUCAGAGGCUUCUCUGGAAAUAUUAUAGCAAUWUUAGCUCGACGGUAGUUCAAUGUUUCAGGCAUUAUCAAAAACAAGAUAUAAAAAUUAUACACUCAAUCGUGUUUCGUUUGUUUUCUCUGUUCUUCUAGCCUUCAUUCAAUUCUUGAGUUCACUAAAAGUAAGUUCU